GGUUGCAGGAUGUUGUCGAUCGGUUUGCUGAUGACCAUGCUCGCGCUCGUCGUCGCCAAUCCUUUCCUCGAUGCCACGCAAGAGAUGUCCUGUUGUUCUUUGGCCGCCGGAUCGUGUCGCAGUGUCUGCUCCAAGAUCUCUUUGGUGGUGUUAGGAGCAGAAGCAGAGGCGAGGGAGAACGCGACACGACGCCUGUUGGAGUUUUGUUCCGUAGAGCUGACCGAAUUCUGGGCCUGCGUCAACUCGACUCUACACGAGGUAAAGAAAGAUGGAAACUGGACUGGUAGAGGUUGUUGUUACCUGGCGCAGAAUCCAAUAUGUCGAUCCAGCUGCGCUCUAGCAGGAUCUAGAAAGCAUCUGAACGAUACUUGUCGGCCAAGCGACGAGCUCGAGUUCUUCUCGUGUUUGGAGAAGCGAGAGGAAGCCGAACACUGCUGCAUCACCGUCUCCAACGACACAUGUAGAUCCAUAUGUCAAGACCUGUUUUAUAAACCCGGCAAAAUGUCUAAUUUAAAAUUGUACACUAGCAAAGGGUGUUUUCAUCAAGUUCCAAAGUGUUUAAAGAGCGUCGCCGAAGUGAAACACGCAGAGGAUCCCAAGCAACAUCUACAUUGUUGCAACGAAGCUAGUAGCCCAGGCUGUCUGGAAACGUGCAAAAGGAUCCUGCACACCGCGACCACCGAUCAAGAGAUCAUGGACGCUCUGACGGAGAAAUGCAAACCAGUUUUACCCCAGUCGCCGUUCUGGAGCUGUUUGCUAAAGUCUGGCUCGUCGAAACCGUCUCGUCUGCCGUUAGAUGCGGGUAAAUUGUCGUGCUGUACCAAAGCGAACAAGCCAUCGUGUCAGAACUUGUGUUGGAGAGCGUUUCAGUCUGACUGGGAGUCCGGCUGGCUUCAGCUGGACGCUGAAUGUCUGUCUUCCAGUUUGGAAGGAGAGCUGAGGAGGUGUCUCGAGGAUGCUGACGAUCCUUGCGAAAUCGGCUGUUCAGGACUAUCUUAUUGCGCUCGAUUCAACGACAGAUCAACGACACUAUUUAGGAGUUGUUCGACCGCUGCUGACGAAGCAGCCAAGUGGGAAGCCGACCACUGGUCCAGAGGUGGGAUCAUUCGAGGCCUGGGUGUUCCCGUUCGCGCUGCUGCCUCCUGUCCAGCGGAAACUUUGCGUGCAGCUGCCUGUCUGCUGCAACUGAGACCUUGCGAGACGAGAAUUCACGAGACCAGACUCUGUCGAGAAGAUUGUCUAGAAUUAAUGGCCAGUUGCGUUGAUUGGACCGCUAUCACGGAACCACCGUAUACCGCAGCUACGUUGUGCGGUAAGCUUUCACCGAGCAGUUCCGACGCUCCGUGCGUAUCGUUGAAACCGUUCAUUCUCGAGGAUACUCGAGACAACGAAUCCGUCCCAAAUCUCGAAGAGGACAUCGUGACUCCUUGCAAGAGUAAUCCUUGCGCUCAGGCAGAGAUUUGUCAGCCGCUUCGGUACGGUCAGUACGGACAGUACGGACAGCCGUACCGUUGUUUACCGGCUUGCUCUUUGGGAGAGAUGUCGAAACAGUUGGUACCGGUUGGAUCCUGGCUCCAGAUACCGCGGUUCGAUCAACAGGGCUGUCUUAGAAUCUGUCAGUGCACGUCGCACGGCCUCGACAAGUGUAGAACGUUGAAUUGCUUCAAGUUCAAUUCCUGCUGGGUGCACGAUCGAUACAUCGCGCAUAAAGCCAACUUUUAUCUCGAGUGCAAUCCUUGUCACUGUUUCGAGGGCGAAUUUACCUGUUCGAAGAAGAAUUGCGCAGAGAUUCGAGUUCCCUCGUUACCUUGCGAUUGUCCACCUCAUUACGUACCAGUCUGCGGACGGCUCGGCUUCACUUUCGCCUCUGCCUGUCUGGCCAAGUGCGCCGAGAUGUCAGCGAACGAGGUGGAGUUUGGUAGAUGUUCUUCUCGAGACCCUUGCGCGUCGAAUCCUUGCGACACCAGCGAAACAUGCGUCCGAAGGAAUAGGGUAUGCUUGUCCGGGCUUCACAAACCCUGCCGUCAAUACGAGUGCGUGCCCCUCGACUGUGAUCCUCGGGACGAGAGCACCGGUCCUGUUUGCGACAAGGAGAACCGUCAGCAUCCUUCCAUCUGCGCCAUGAUUCGUACCGGAGCUAGCCUAGGCUACAGGGGACCUUGCCUCGAGGGUUGUACACUCCGUGGUCCUGUUUGCGGUGCUAACGGCGAGAUUUACGCGACCGAGUGUGCUGCUUGGGCCGAGAGAACGGUCCUCGACUACUUUGGACCCUGUCUAGCCGUUGGAUUGAUCGGGGAUCGAGCCGAACCUCGCUGUGCCCAUCUCGUUCAGUGUCCUCGAUUGAUCGAACCUUACUGCGUCGGGGUUACACCGCCGGGUGCUUGCUGUCCAGUCUGUGGAGGUGCAGCCAAAUUGUUUUACUCCAAGAAACAGUUGGAAAGGAUAUAUUACAUGAUGGACGAAGAGGCGGACAAGGAUUCGGUCACGCUGGACGCUCUGCUGAAUGCUCUGGCGCGGCAAAUCCAAGUGGCGCAGUGUGCACUUCGUGGAAUGAUGACACCAGACCGAGAUGUAUUCAUCGUUAUACAGUCCACCUCCAACAGACCUUCGACACUCCAGCUACGGGCCUGUGUGACGGAGACUGAGAAACUAGUUACCAGAAUUUCCGAGAGAAGCCCUAAAAUCGCGGCCGAAGUGCCUUUAGGUGCUCUUACCAGAGCAGAAAUCGCUCAUAGUUAUAUAUCGAGUGCCAUUACGAGCGGAACAUGUUUUCCGCCAAUGUUUUUUGGGAUAGUUCUCCUUUAUAUUGUCAUUUCUUGAGAAAACAAAAAGAGAACCGAAAGGAAAAACAAAGAAUAUCACUGGUUGCGACAACUUAAAAUCGCAAUCACUGAUUUACCGCCUAUUUUAAAAGCUAAUGGCGUUAUCGUCCGCGAUAUCGUCGACUUCAUGACUGUGAUUCUUCUAGUGCCUACGUAAUACAUACAUACAUACAUAUAUAUAUAUAUAUAGAGAGAGAAGAAUAGUUCUUUUUAUCUUACCAAAGAAAACGGGAGUACGUGGAACGUGUGUGUGCGCGUGCGUGAUUUAAGGAUGAUUAUGUUGCAAAUUGUAAAUAAAAUCUUCCCAAUCUAAAGUUACCAAACGACAAACGAGGACUACGCGUAGAUUUGUAUUAGUCAAAGAUACUCCCUUAAAUGUUAAGCAAACUUGGUUAUUGUAUCGUUAAAUACAAAGUUUUUUCAUCUUU